GCUUCGUUCCCCGCGCCCUCGUAGUAGUAGCGAUCUCGGCCCACGUGAAGGUUUGCUUGUCCAAGAUGCGCUCGAUCCCCCUAUUUCAUUUUCUUUGGGUACCGCAUGCCGUCAUUGGGAGUUUUCUCGACUCACAUCCCUACCGAUUGAAAGAAGCCACCGAGUACAGCAAUGCCGGUAACGUUGCAGCGAACCAUGCACUGAAACUACUCAAGAGAGGCGACUACGUCGAGACGGCAACCGAACUGGUGAGGAGUACCGCACCCGACGCCACGUUCCGGCUGGUGGAGGACCACUACGUCGGGACAAAUGGUAUCGGCCAUGUUCACUUCCGGCAAACGAUACACGGUCUGGAUGUGGAUAACGCCGACUUCAACGUGAAUGUCGCACGCGAUGGAAGCAUAUUUUCUUUCGGAAACUCGUUUUUCGCCGGAGAUAUCCCGCAGCAAAGCCUCGUCGAGAAACGAUGUGUUUUGGAUGCAGUAGGAGCCUUAGAUGUCGCGAGCAGCACGCUUCAGCUCCCAAUUUCAGGGGAGACUUCGGUGGAAGGCAGCACUGGUAUUGAGUCGUACACGAUUACGGGGACCACCGGCACAGUCCAAGACCCUGAAGCAAGCCUGGUGUACUUCGUGAGGCCGAACGGAGAUCUAGCCCUCACGUGGAAAGUCGAGACGAGAACAGCCGACGACUGGGUCGUGUCGUAUGUGGAUGUAGAAGGGGAGUCGGGUGUCCUCGGCCUCGCCAAUUACAUCUCCUAUGCGACGUACGAUGUGUAUCCAUGGGGACUGAACGAUCCCAGCGAGGGGGCGCGAAAGAUAACCAGUGACCCUUGGGACGUAACAGCAUCGAAACAUACAUGGCACGACAGUCGGAACACUACUGCCGGUAACAACGCCGACGUGGGCUCCGUCCCCAUCGUCGCCCAGGUGUACGCCCCGACGAGCGAGAACUUAACUUUCGAAUACCCAUACGUGCCGGACACGGAAACGGGGCUCACGUACCGCGAUGCCGCCGUAGCACAGGUCUUCUACACGGUCAACAUGCACCACGAUCUGCUAUACAUCCUUGGCUUUACUCCAGCCGCGGGAAACUUCCAGGCAGACAACUACGGCGAAGGCGGUAGAGGUUACGAUGCUGUUCGUGUGAGGAUACACCACUGGGGUGGGAAGAACAAUGGCUAUCUCACUCGGACGGUAGAAGGAGUAGCACCCGAGCUCGUGCUGUACCUCUUCAACUUCACCGACCCAGAAAGGGAUGCUGCAUUCGACAACGGCUUCGUCAUCCACGAGUAUACUCACGGCCUGUCGGGGAGACUCACGGGCGGACCGCGGACUAGGAACUGCCUCGACGCGUUCGAGGCCGACGGCAUGGCCGAAGGCUGGAGCGACUUUUAUGCGGCGGCCGUCAUGCUCAAGCCAGACGACACGCGCGAGAACGCCACCUACGGAUUCGCCGCGUGGCCCACUAACAGCACCAACCCGCCGACGGCCAGGAAGGUGAUGUACACAACAGACAUGGAGGCGAAUCCGUGGACGUACUCGAUGGUAAACAGCCUGGAGAGGGUGCACGAGGUCGGCACGGUAUGGGCCUCGCUGCUGUACGAGGUGCUUUGGAACCUAAUCGACAAGCAUGGCAAGAACGACGCCGAGCGGCCGGAGAUGGUUGACGGUGUGCCGACCGACGGUAAGUUUCUCGCUAUGAAGAUCGUGCUGGAUGCCAUGGCGCUGCAACCGUGCAACCCCACCUUUGUCCAGGCUCGCGAUGCCAUUGUCGAUGCCGACGUAGCUCUCACGGGAGGGCAGAACGUAUGCGAGAUUUGGCGGGGCUUCGCAAAACGCGGCCUCGGGAGGGAUGCCAUAUUCAACGCCACGGAACGAGUCGAUAGCUUCGAUCUCCCUGAUAGCGUUUGCUAGGUGCCGGAGCAGAUUGUGAGACCUCUCUCCGGAAUUCAAGAAAUACGCACCGAGAGUUGGUUUUAGCAGCGUCGGGUGAAGCGAGAAAUCCGGUAUCUAGAUGGUCUACCAAGAAUGACAACCAUUCCCCAGGAGGCGCUAUUGCGAUAGGCUUGGGGCACGGUAGUUUUAAUUUGCGGAUAUAAUUCGUACGGCUAUCGUUGACGAACUCCAUGGACAUCGAACCCAUCGCCGUAUAAUGUUGUUAAAGGAUGAUCCUACGAAUAAGAUAAAUGACUCGAGAUGGCCUUGUGAAUGUGUGAG